CAAGGCCCUGUUAAAAGAUCCCAGCUCUGCGCUGCGGAGGUCAGAGGCUUGAGUCUAAGGCUUAGAGAAUAUCAUGUUGAAGAUGAGCCGGUGGCAGCGACAGAGCCAAAAUCAGAGCCGGAACCUGAGGAGAGAGUGUUCCAGAAGGAAGUGUAUCUUCAUACAUCAUCACACCUGAAAGCAGAGCCUAAUCCAGCCGCAGAGAUGGCAGCUGAGUCAUUGCCUUUCUCCUUCGGGACACUGUCCAGCUGGGAGCUGGAGGCCUGGUAUGAGGACCUGCAGGAGGUGCUGUCCUCAGAUGAAAAUGGGGGUAACUAUGUCUCACCCCCUGGAAAUGAGGAGGAGUCAAAAACCUUCACCACUCUUGACCCUGCCUCUCUGGCUUGGCUGACUGAGGAGCCAGGACCAGCAGAGGUCACACACACCUCCCAGAGCCCACACUCGCCUGAUUCCAGUCAGAGCUCCCUGGCUCAGGAGGAAGAGGAGGAAGACCAAAGAAGACCCAGGAAACGGAAACAAAGUGGCCAUUCCCCAGCCCGGGCUGGAAAGCAACGCAUGAAGGAGAAAGAACAAGAGAAUGAAAGGAAAGUGGCACAGCUAGCUGAAGAGAACGAACGGCUCAAGCAGGAAAUCGAGCGCCUGACCAGGGAAGUGGAGGCGACUCGCCGAGCUCUGAUUGACCGGAUGGUUAAUCUGCACCAAGCAUGAACUUUUGGGACCAGCACUCCCGCCUUGGGCUACUGCUGACCUUUCCUGGAAGUGGCUACCAACCACCUUCUUACCAGUGCCAACAGUGUACCCUCAACCCCCUCUAUUCAUGAGGGAAAGCUUAGGGUAGAUGACAGGAAAGGGUCUCAGUAUGUAUAUAGAGAGAUUGUAUGUUUAUUUAUUACUGCCCAAAUCCAUUAAAGUGACUUUCUUUGAGCCAA